ACUCAUUUGAUUCCCCUCCGUUUCCGUGGGCUUUCCCUUCCCUUUCCGCAGUCUUCUUCACAUACGAAUUAGUAGUAGUGAGAAAAAAGAAGGCCAAUCAACCAAAAAAAAAAAAAUUUCUUUCGUCAAUUAUUAGCUUCUACCACGAUUCUUUUUUUUUGUUUUCAAUUAGUCUCCCAAAUUACUCGUACUAAUCUACUUCCCAUCUUCCAUUUCAUCAUCAUCUACUUCUUCUGCAAUCUUGGCAUGCACGAGUCUGCGCCCCAUCACCACCGGCAUAGUUAUUAAUCCUGACUGUCUGUCUUUGUCGUUAUUCAACAAUUUACCGAUGGCAGUGUCGCCGGACGUAUUCCCGCCAAGAAAACGGCGGCACCCAGCCCCCCCUCCGAGUUUCUGCUCAUCAGAUAAGAAGCUGCUCCUCCAAUCUCUGCUGCUCGUAUCCCAGGAAAUCUGCUCCUUACGCCCCCUUGGAUCCCUGCUAAAGCGAAACACGUCAUCCAUCAUCAGAAAAUCCAGGCUGCUCUCCAUUGUGUUCGAGGAGCUUCUCCGCCUCACUGUUUUCCCACCCGCUGCACUCGUUUGUUUGGAAGAGUUGUACAUACUUCUUACAAGAAUCAAAGCCUUGGUGGAGGACUCAACUAGUACCAUUAAUGAUGAUGACGAUGACGAUGACGAUGACGAUCAUCAUCAUCAUGACAAUAAUAUUCCUGCUAGCAGCAGCAAGAUGUGGCUCCUCUUACAGCACGAAUCCAUCUCAAAUUCUUUCCACGACCUCAACCUCGAUCUCUUCACCAUUUUAGACAUUUUCCCCGCUCAAGAAUUGGAUUUAUGUCAAGACGUCCGAGAAUUAUUGGCCCUCCUCACGAAACACUGCUUCGCUGAAAACGAGCGAGCCUACCCUGCAGACUCCCCCGACGCCCUUCUCCGAAUUCAACUCCUUGACAUGUUAGACAGCAUUCACCGAGAAAUCAUCCCCGACCCUUCCCACCUCGCCCACAUCUUCCGCAGCUUGGGUCUAGCCGAUUCCACCAGCUGCCGGGACGAAAUCGAGAGCCUCCAACGACAACACCACCUGCUCCAGCUACAGGCCGACCGCGCCAAAUCCGCAGCCGACAUCACCGCAUUGAUUGGGCUUGUCCGCUAUGCCAAAUGCGUACUCUACGGAGCUUCCGCCACCCCUGGCCGCAGCCCUAGGGCCACGCCGCCAAGCCACGACGACCUCAACAUCCCGCCCGACUUCCGCUGCCCCAUUUCUCUAGAUUUGAUGCGAGACCCUGUGGUGGUGUCCACGGGACAAACUUACGACCGCACCUCCAUCGUCGCCUGGAUGGAAUCCGGUCAUAACACGUGUCCCAAGACUGGUCAAAGCCUGGCCCACGCGGACGUGAUUCCCAACCGGGCGCUCCAAAACUUGAUUGCCGCGUGGUGCCGCGAGCAGAGGAUUCCUUUCCUCCCAACCGGUGCCAAUCCCAACGAGUCGUCGUCGUCUUCUUCGUGUGGCGGAGCUCCGGCUGCUCUCAACAAGACGGCCCUGGAGGCCACCAAGAUGACGGUGACGUUUCUCCUAAGCGAGUUGACGGCGUCGCAGGAGGCUGAGAUGGCGAACCGCGUGGUCCACGAGCUCCGCGUCCUUGCCAAGGCCGAUUCGGACAGCCGCGCCUGCAUCGCUGAGGCCGGAGCCCUGCCAUUGCUCCUCAAGUUUUUAGGUUCUGAGCAGCCCAGCCUGCAGGUCAACGCCGUCACGACGAUUCUGAAUCUCUCCAUCCUGGAGGCGAACAAGACGAGGAUCAUGGAGACCGAGGGAGUGCUGAACGGCGUGAUUGAGGUGUUGAGGUCGGGUGCCACGUGGGAAGCGAAAGGGAACGCGGCGGCCACUAUUUUUAGUUUGACGGGAGUGCACGCCUACCGAAAGAGGUUGGGAAGGAAGGCGCGGGUGGUGAAGGCAUUGGUUGACUUGGCGCGGGAUGGGCCCGGGGGAUGCAAGAGGGACGCCAUGGUCGCAAUCUUGAAUUUAGCCUGGGACCGGGAGGCUGUUGGGAAGUUGAUUGAGGCCCGGGUGGUGGACAUGGUGAGGGAAGUCAUGGGUGAGCUACCGGAAGAGGCAGUGACCGUCCUGGAAGCGGUGGUGAGGAGGGGGGGGUUGACGGCAGUUGCGGCAGCUUAUCAUGUGGUGGAACAAUUGGCGGGAGUGCUGAGGGAGGGGAGCGAUACUGCCAGAGAGAGCGCGGCGGCAACACUGGCGAACAUGUGCAGGAAAGGAGGAUCGGAGAUGGUGGGGGCACUAGCAGCAGUAGCGGGAGUGGAGAGGGUAAUCUGGGAAGUAAUGGGGAUGGGAACGGGAAGAGGUAGGAGGAAGGCUGCAACUUUGCUGAGGAUUCUUAGGAGAUGGGCAGCCGGAUUGGAUGAAGCUGACGAAACAUCGUCGACUAGUUACUCAGCUGUGAAUAUCUCCCCUUCUUCUUCAACCAGAGGGAUAGUGUUGCCGGGCUAACACGCCCACCGUUGAAUCACUAAACCAAUAGUCCUGUCCCAGUGUCCUGUUCUUAUCCACCCAUCCCAAUGUAAAAUUGUCUUUUUCUUGAUUUCAUACAUACAUUCUUUUGUUCAAAGACAAAUUCAAUCCAUAUUUGUCACUACUUUUUUCGUUUGAGAAAGGCAGCCAAUCAUCACAGGGGACUUUCGGGAGCAAUUAAUCCUCGUUGUUGGGUUCAUUAUUUCGUCCUGUGUUAUUGUAUCAUUAACCAACAUGAUUGUACUCUAUAAAUAUGGUCUUUCAAAAUCGAAGACCAACUAGUUGGUUUUAUGUUUUUCAA